AUGAAGUGGACACUGAUUAUAGUGGCUCUUUGCAUGUAUUCGUUGCAUGCAAAUUCAGAUCUUGAUACUGUCAAACAACUGUUGACAGAUUUGAAAACUAAUGUGUAAUUAGACAUCGAGGCCUUGGAUGCAGCUUGGGAAUUGCAUAAGAAAAAUAAGCAAUCGAUUAUAGACGCCUUAGGUUUCUCAGCAUCAGAGCAAAGAAGUGAAUGCGCAAAGAAAGAUGAAGAUGUUUAAAGCAAAUAGAGGGAUAUCAAAAUAACUAAUGAUUUCGUAGCUUGGAUGUAAAAAAGACAAGGAUUGAAUUCUCAAAGAUUAGGUGUUUUGGAAGUCAAUAGGUACAUACAUCAUCUAUCAAUAGAUGUUAAGCAAGCAACAAUUACGUACAUGAUAUCAAGAAUUACAAAAUUGCAUUAGCUUUAGUCAAAUUCUUGAGAGAAUAAUUAGACAAACUUGAUUCCAAUGCUACACCUGCCUAAAAGCAAGAAUUUCUAUAAAAAGUACACAAAUUCGUAUAGAUCUAUCAAACAGGCAAGCUCUUAACUAUGGUUGAACAAAUUUAAAUGAAUGAUGAUGGUUCCUAUGUAUUGCCAAACAUCGAAGGCGACGAAUAAGAUCUUACUGAAUCAGCACUUACUCAAACAAGAGGAAAGAGAAAUGCUAACAAAGUGCUCCUUCAAUAAUAAUAGACAACUGUCAUAUCAUCAGGAGAUGGUGACGAUAAGGCUGAUAGUGCAGUUGUCCUUAUACCUAGUCAAUGUGAUGAUUCUAUUAACACUGUUAUCGUUGUCUAAAACGAUGAUGGCACAGGUGGUGAUGAUGAUUUACACAUUAAAUUCACUAAUGGAGGAGGUUCAGGAACUUAAGGAGGAUCUUCAAAACCCAAGCCAUAACCAAAACCAUAACCUAAGCCAGAACCAAAAGAAGAAGAAGACGAUACAGAGGAAGAGGCUGAAGGUGAAGAAGGUUCUGUAGACGACAAUGGAGAACAUUCAGAUGAACCUGCAGGAGAAGAAGAAUCUAAUGAUGAUAGCAAAACAGAUGAACACCCAGUCAGUCCAACAGGUGAAGAAGAAUCCAAUGAUGAUGGAAAUGACAAUGGAGAUAAUAAUGGUGAUGACAAUGGAGAUAAUAAUGAUGAUGCUAAUAAGGGUGGAGAUUCAAACUAAGACAAUAAGGACAAUGGCGGUUAAACAUAGACAGAAGAAGAGGAAGAUUUAAGCGUAUAAUAUAUUUUUAAUUCAUUUCUAGGAUAUCAGAAAAGUGUUGGAUGCUAUUGAAAAACAUUCAAAAAAAUCACUAGAUUUGGAACAAGAAGACGAAGUCAGAAGUUCUAUGAUCUAUAUUGACUUUAAAUUACACAUUGAAUUGGAAAAUCAAUACUUUGAUAAGCAGAUUGCUGGAGAAAAAGAGAAUCUUGUACUAAUUUUAUUUAAUGUUAGAUCAAACUCACAAAUCAAUUAACCAGCAGAGUUGGUAUUGCUAGAUAAUGCAAUGCAAGACUUAAGCAAAUCGAUAUAGCCUAUUAAGUCAGCUAAGAUGUAAUUAUCGAAUACUUAUUCUUAGGAUUACAACGAUUCAUAUUAACAUUACUUGGAACUCAGAAAACAAAAGGAAGAAGAGCUAGCAACCUUUGAUGACAUAUAUAGAAUUUAUACCACUUAGGUUGUUUGAAUUUUAC